AUUACUCCACAAAGAAUGUGAUCCCUUCAUUCAAUCAUUUAGUAGAAAGUAGUCCUCUUUGCUUCUCUUCUCUGGAUAAGCACACACUCAAAAACCCAACAAAUAAUAAUCUCUUGAAAAAAAUAUGGCAGCAAAGAGUGUACAAACAGUGCUAAGUUCCCCUCGUGAUGAUGCUAUUCAACUCUACCGUGCUUUUAAGGGAUUCGGCGGCAAUACUGCUGCAGUGGUUAAUAUACUGGCCCAUCGUAAUGCUUCACAGCGUGCCCUCAUUCAACGAGAGUAUAGAGCAAUGUAUUCAGAAGACCUCAACGAGAAAUUGUCUUCGGAGCUAAGUGGUGAUGUGAAGAGAGCGGUUCUGCUUUGGAUGUAUGAUCCAGCUGCCCGGGAUGCCUAUAUUGUGUAUCAGGCUCUAGGUGGAAGCGAAGGCUUUACUGAUCUUACUGCUGUUACGGAAGUUAUAUGCUCUAGAACUCCAUCGCAGUUGCAACAUCUCAGACAGCUGUACUAUGCAAUGUUUUCAAUUGAGCUUGAGCCAACUAUAGAGCUCCAAGCAUCUGGCGAUCACCAAAAGUUGCUGCUUGCAUAUCUAAUCACACCGCGCAAUGAAGGAGUUGUUAGAUCUAUGGUUGAGCAUGAUGCUAAAGCUCUUUACGAAGCUGGGGAAAAUAAACUGGGAACUGAUGAGAAGACCUUCAUACGUAUUUUCAGCGAGAGGAGUAGGGCACAUCUUGCUGCUGUUAGUGCUACUUAUCACAACAUUUAUGACAGAAAACUGGAAAAGGCGAUAGAAAAUGAAACGUCGGGGAACUUUGGGUAUGGUCUCUUAACUAUUUUGCAGUGUGCAGAGAAUCCUGGGAUUUACUUUGCUAAGGUGCUGCGCAAGGCAAUGAAGGGCCUCGGUACUGAUGAAUCAACUCUCACCAGAGUAAUCGUAACAAGAGCUGAAAUCGACAUGCAGUAUAUCAAGGCAGAGUACCACAAGAACUAUGGGAAGCCUCUAAAUGUUGCUGUUUACUCGGAGACAUCAAGCCAUUACAGGGCCUUUCUCCUUGCGCUCCUAGGCCUCACCCAUCGAUGAAGGUGUUUCGUGAACUAUUACAGUUGGAUGUACAGAUUUGUUGCAAUUGUUACUGCUGGCUUCUGGAUUUGAGGUACUGUAAUUCAAGAAAACCUACGUUUUUAUAGUAGUUUUAAUGUUUAGUGGUUGAUAUUAGUGCAUUCAGAUAAAAAUGCUGGAUGUAACUUGUGAGCCUAAUAGCCUGUAUGUAUGUUGGAUUGGAUAUGCAGGCAUGCACUGAUGUUUUAUAUUUCAUUUUCAUGUUCAACAGUUGAACUCUGUUGCUCACUUGUACAAAACUUAGUACUAGUAUAAUAGUAUUCAUGUCGGCAGAUGUUAUAAUCAUUA